AUGCAGGUCGAGCCGGCGGACGCCUUGGGCGGACCGAGCUGCGCCUUUGUCGUUGACUUGGCGGCUCAGCCAAAGCGGCGCAAAUUGAGGGUGAGAAGCGCCAGCGUCGCUCAGCAUUUGCCAGCGCCGGCCAAGAGGGCAGCCUCAGUGAAAGAUAUACGCCGAAAGGCUCAGCUUCGAGCUGCUGCCGCGAAUCCCGUCUUGAAGGCCCAAGCAGCACCUCAGAGAGGACACGGUGGGUCCACUGAGAUGCAGCCGUGA